AUGACUCUGAAUGGUCAGAUAGCUGGCAACAAUGACAAGAAGCUGCUUUGUGGGGAAUUGUCGCAAUUUUUUAUCUGUUCAGGUCUAUGCCAGAUAGAGGUCUUUGUAAACCUGCUGAUAGUCAUCUGCUCAGGAGUGUCCUACAGUAACUCCGGGGGUUACCGGGACCUGGUCAGCCCCGGGGGUCUCUACCAGUACUACUAUGGAGGACAGGCUUUCAUCGGCGCCUACACAGACAGGGUCAAGGAGCUGAACAAACUGUUCCACCAGCUCAAGCUACCUCCAUACAUCUUCAGCAUGGCCCGUGGAGGGGCUCUGAUGGUUUAUGCCUGCAUCACUCUAGGUUUGGGGAUCCUGAGAGUCCCUUACCGCUAGACCCCUAUGCUGCUGGGUGAGGCCCUGGUGAACCUCCUGAUCGGCCUGGGCUACAUCUCUGCCCUGGCCUUCUACUUCAUCAAGCUGCAGGAGACCUACGACAAGCCCAUCUGUACGGAGAAGGAAGUGCUCUACAAGAGCAAAGGGCAUCAAGGCUUUGCGUGUGCACUCAAUGGAGCAGACAUCGCUGGAGGCCUCUUCGGGGUGCUUGGAGUCACUGAUUUCAUCUUCGGAAUAGUCUUGGCCAUCCGUGCUUUCAGGGCAGUGCGUGAGAUGAAGAGACCGAGAGCAAUGGAAGAUGGUAACUUAUAACAGGUUUGCUCACCCCCCACUGUGAAUAUAAAGGAUACAAAUGUAGGGUUGAGAUCAAAUUCAGUCAAACAACUAUAAAUAUUUGUGCAUUUUUAUGAACUGUGAUUGAUUAAAAAAAAAAAAAAAGUGUUUAACUGUAAAAAGAGCAAUUUUGUACAUUUGUGACUUUUGUUAAGUUUUAUAAACUUUAAAAACAUGCACACUUAUUUUACUAAAUGUUACAGAUGUGAGACAUCUACAGUGUCACAAACAUUAUUUACUAAUAAAAAUCAA